AUGAUUCUCCUCCAUGUGACCGGAUCGGCCCCGGUCGCCGCCAGGGAAGAUGUGGAGCGCGCCCUGUUGGCCGCGUAUGUCCCCACGCGAUUCACGUUGCACCCGCCACAUGAAGCCAAGAAAGAAGGUGCGGCGGCGGCAGCGGCGGCGUCCUCGUUUCGCCUGCUUCUUGAGGCACAUGACGCGCCGCUUGUGAGCCCACAAGCGGUGCCGUACGACUGUCGCUUUUUCUGGACCCCCACGAGCACCACGGCGGAGGUUGUGGAGGAGGUGACGUCUCUGCUUGACGGGCGCCGGUUCACCUCAACGCGCGGUGCAAUAGACAUGUCAACCACGUUCCUGACGGUUGUGCGGAACGGUCUGGCGCCGGACAGCGGCCUCUACAGCUUGCGGCGCAUCCCGAAAAUGACGGCGUCGCAGCUGCGCUACUUUUGCACAAAUCCUGCGUUGAGCUACGUUGAGGGGGCGCAGCUUGUGCUGGAGCGGCUCGUGGACGCCACCAUGCAGCCAGCGACGCUGCACAUGCUGCUCGCCGAGGCGUACGCCCCUGCUCGGUGGAGUGGGCGGGGCAAUGUGUGCCCUGUCACACCCUUGCUCCUGGACGGGGGCGCGAAUGCCGCUGGAACUCCGCACCCCGCCGCGGCUGACGCAGGCGUAGCUGCGGCACCCGACAUCCAUUGGAGUGGCAUGUCGCUGCUGGAGCUGUACCAUGGACCCACAGCCGCCUUCAAGGACUUUGCCCUGCAACUCUUCCCCCGUUACUUUGACAUUGCCACAGCACACGCCUGCCACGCUGCCCCACCCUCGUACAUAAUUCUUACCGCGACGUCCGGCGAUACGGGGGUGGCCGCUAUUAGUGGUUUUGUGAACGCCGGAAGCCCUAGCCGCGUCAUGGUGCUUUACCCCCUUCACGGCGUGUCUCCAGUGCAACAAAUUCAAAUGUUGUCGUAUGACGAUGGGGCCUCCGUGCGGGUGUAUGGGGUGAAGUCGGAUUUUGAUUUUUGCCAGUCCACCGUGAAACACUUGUUCGCGAACCGGUCCCUGGCGCAGCGGCUGUGGGGAGACGCUGGCGUCCGGUUGUCCUCUGCCAACAGCAUCAACUGGGGACGUCUUAUUCCGCAAGUGGUGUAUUACUUUUGGGCGUAUCGCCACUUUGUGCAGCAGCGGCAGCUACGGCUGGGCGACCCACUCGACGUCGUGGUGCCGUGCGGGAACUUUGGCAACAUCCUCGCUGCCUUCCUUGCGAAGCGCAUGGGGCUGUCGCUGGGCACGCUGGUAGUGGCCUCCAACUGCAACGACGUGCUCUUUGAGUUUGUGCGGACCGGCCACUACGACGUCCGCCAGCGACGGCUGGUGCCGACGGCGUCACCCUCCAUUGACAUUCUGAAGGCCUCCAACGUGGAGAGGUUUCUCUUUUUGCUUGCCGACGGCGACGCGGCGUUUGUGGCAGCGCAGAUGCGUCGCCUCGAGACGGAGGGGCACUUUGCCUUGGAGGGGGACGCGCUGGCCGUCAUGCGGAAGGAGUUUUGGUCUGCCCGCUGCACCGAGCAGGAGUGCGCCGCCACUAUAAAGGCGGUCUACGAGGCCUCCGCCGGCCGCCUGCUGGAUCCGCACACCGCCGUUGCUGUCUUCGCGGCGCGGCAAUUUCGCCUGUUCCAACUGGAGCACGGCGUGGCGCCGCGCCCGCUGGUCAUUGCGAGCACCGCCCACUGGGCAAAAUUCCCUGGUUCGGUGCUACGUGCGCUGCGGGGGGAAGAUAUGGCGCACGACAUUUCAACAAGAAUGGCAAAAACGCCGGGCGAAGGGGCGGCAGAAGACUCGGUGCGGACCUGCAGGGGGCUGUACAAUGAGAUUCUUGCCCAGUGCCCGCAGGUCGCCGUUCACCCUGCCCUGAACGCCGCACUGACAGUGGCAGAGACAAAGACAAUGACGCCCCGCGACCUUGCGGCAGACGUAUCCUGCGUUGAGGAGGAGCUGCUGAAGUUUGUCACCGUCAAUUCGGCCUGA